AUGAAGAUAACAGGCGUUUUUGUGCUCCUCAUCCUGGCAGUUCUUUGCUUAGCAAAUGCUGCCAGAAGGGAGGAGGUAGACUGCAGUGAAUACAGGAGUCUACAGGCAAGAAGACCUAUUUACUGUGAAAAGCUCUAUCAACCUUUCUGUGGCUCUGAUGGGAAAACCUAUAACAACAAAUGUUCCUUCUGCAAGGCAGUCCUGAGAAGCAGAGGUACUUUACACAUGAAGCAGUCGGGUCCGUGCUGA